AUGGGAAAAAUCGCCUGCACAAGUCAGGCAAAAACAUGCACCUCCACAAAAGAGUUGUUGGAAAUUUUACAAAAUGAUGAACUUCCCUCAGUGAUUAUGGACCAAGUGGGUACCUUCACACGUAUGAAGGAAAAGCAGAAUUUAUUGUAUGAAAGGAUCCUCUUUAAACCAACCAGUUUUUCCACUUUAUCUCAUUUUAUGGAGAUGAUAGAAAAGGAAAAUUUACGCAGAGAAUUUGAUAUGUACUUUUAUGAUGAGGACUUUCACAAAAUUAAAUUAAAUAGGGACCAAAAUAGAAAAGAACUUUUUAUAGACAUCAGAGGAGUUCAUCCAGAGAAGCACAAGUCACUGGGAGGAAUAUAUAACCCUGAUGGGUCAGUUAAAACCAAGUGCACAACAACCCAAUUGCUCCAAAAAUACAGUGUGGAAGCGCUACACUAUUAUAAUAUUCAAAGGUACGAACCAAACCAAGACCCCUCGUCUUUUCUCAUCGAUAAGAGAAGGUUAACAAAGGAGGAGUACAGGUACCAGUAUGUAUCCACCAUUUUGCCUUACAUAUGCUUCACCCUGAUGUUGUUCUUCCCGCACGCCCUCAUAUGUUUGUACAUUCCAUAUAUGAAGGAAAAGAAUGAAAAGCAGAGAAAAAUUUGUAAAUUUUUUCAAAUUAAGCAACAUGUACACAUGUAUAAGGACAUCAGACCGGAGCAUCUGCAAAACGUUAUUGAUAACAAUGUCAAGACACUGGUGUUUUUUUACAACAAUGAGAUUUUUAUGAAUAUGCGCAUGAAAUCUUUAAUGGUUGACUUGUCGAGAAUUUUAAAAAAAAAUUCUAUUCCCGUUAAUGUGGUCGGUGUCGAUACAGCUAAGCAUAACAUUCGCUAUGGUGUGGCCAAAGAUUUUGAGGAGGUUCUUUUUCCUGUGAUUUAUUUGAUUUGUCCAUACCACUAUGAUAAUGAUAGUGGUGUUUUUCGGAUUGAAGGCCCAUUAACCUUGGAGAGCAUCUGCUCGCAGAUCGCGCAAUUCGUGCACGUUCCGCGGAACGCCUUCAGCCAAAUGCGGGAUCUGACCCGCCUGAGCGACAACCUGCAGAAGUGCAUAUUCGAGCACGAAGUCAUGAACCAGAAGAAGGACCAAAUCUUGUACGACUACGGUACAGAGAUAGCUCACCUGUCUUGUCUGCACCUGAAUGGACAGGUGCCAUUUUGA